CUCGGUUUGCUUUUUGACGGAUAGGAGAUAGACAUUGGACGCAGGUUGGUGUCCAGGAAAAGUCGGAGCGUUCGGGUGAACUCUCUUUCCUGCGUCCUCUCAUCCAAGCAAUUGCGAAGAAAUGCCCCACACCGGUCAAGCAGGUGUCAACCAGCUCGGAGGCGUUUUCGUCAACGGUAGACCCCUGCCGGACAUCGUACGCCGCCGGAUAGUGGAGUUGGCCCUCAUGGGUGUCCGGCCUUGUGACAUUUCCCGGCAGCUUCUGGUGUCCCAUGGUUGUGUAUCGAAAAUUCUCACCAGAUUCUACGAAACCGGUUCGAUACGGCCCGGAUCGAUUGGCGGCAGCAAAACUAAGCAAGUGGCAACGCCAACGGUCGUGAAGAAGAUACUCCGCAUCAAGCAGGAAAAUCCGGGAAUGUUCGCCUGGGAGAUCCGGGAUCAGCUGCUGGCCCAACGGAUAUGUGACCCCAACACGAUACCCUCGGUCAGUUCGGUCAACCGGAUACUGCGGAACGGGGGCCUCUGGACCGACGAUAUGACCUCGAAUGAGCAAAUGAUGCGCGAGUCGUCCCAUUCGUCAACGUUCAUGGCAUCGAAAAACAUGUCACAUCCCAUCUACAGCCAAAUAAUGGGAGCAACGUCAGCAGGACCAACAAGAACAGGUUCAUCAGCAAGCGCAGCAACGACAACAGUUUAUAUCUUCAGCGCAAUCCCAACAUUUUCCAACGAUGAGUCAACAAGUGGAUCAAUCAUGGCAACAUCAGAUUCAGAGCCUUCUACAGCAGCAGCAACUUCAAAUCCAGCAAUUUGGACAAUUGAAAGAGCAGUAUGA